AUGAUAAAAAAUAGAUUACUUUAAAGAAGUUCUUCAAAGUUAACUUAGUCUUAAACAUCCUUAAUGAACCAAUCAAUGACUAUGUAUUAAAUAAAUCAAUAUUUAUAGAGUAAAUAGUCUUAGAAAAUAAUCAUCGAUACUUUCUUUAGAUAAGUAAACUGAAGAUAAUGGAACUUCAAAACUAAUGAAAAAGAUUUCUAUGAAAUAGACUCAUGGAAGUAUGGAUGAUAUUUCAAGAUUGCUGCCUUUAAAUGAUAAUCUAAUAAAUGUUUAUAAUGAUUUUGAAGAUAAUUUUAGAGUUGUUAGAGAAUCAAACAAAUUCAAAUAUGAAGUAUCUUAAACAAGUAAAUAAGAAAUAAUCUAAAUUAAUAAUUCUCAUAUCUUAAAAACUGCAGAUGGUUUACAUUUGUGCGAUUUAAAUCCUGAAAAACUAAAUCGAAUAUAAAUUUAUAGAUUUAAGUUUUAUUAUUUUAGAGCUAGAGUGAAAAAUAAACUCAACCCCUUAUAAAUUUAUUUUACAUUACCUGAUAAAACAUAGAAUUACAUUUAUAAAGUGUUUUUAUCAACAAGUGUUGAAUUUCCAACAAAAUUUAAUUGUGAACAAUCUACAUCUAGUAGAUCUAUAAAAAUUAAAACUAAAUCAGGAACUAAAUUUUUUAUUGAAGACUAUCUAUAUAUGACUUUUUAUGCUGAAUCAGAUUUCGUUAUAAGUAUUCAUUUAGUAUUUGGAGAAUUUCAUAAUUCAUUUUUAAGUGCUAAAUAAUAGGAGCCUUAAAAAUAUUUUAAAUAUUGGGAUGAUGAUAAAAAAAAUAUAUCGCCAAAAAAAGAUAAAAUUCUGUAAAACUUAGAUCAAUCUCGAUUUAAAAGUACUUAAAAGCUAAAAGAAUUUUUAAAAGGAGCAGGUAAUAUAUAAAUAAUUUAUUUUAUUUAGAGGUAAGUGCAAAAAAGAUAAUUUCAGUUGUUUAAAGAGGAAAAUUAAUUGAAAAAGAAAAAUAAGAAGAAAGAAGUAUUAAAAUGUUAGUAAAAUCAUAAAUUUAAGAAUUUCGAAAAGUUGAAAAAAGUAUAUUAUAAUAAAAAUUCGAGAGAUAAAAUUAAUGUGAAUAUUGGGAAUAAAUAAUUUCUUUAAUGAUACUGAAUAGAUAGCUGUACAAUAUUCUAAAUGUAAAAAGUAGUAAAUAUUUAGGAAAUGAAAAGAAGACUAAGAAUAUAAGCAAAAGCUAAAUUAAUAGUUUUAAGAAUAAGAACUAAGUUGUUUAUAGAAGUAUAAUAAUAUGGAUAGAAUCCUUUUGAUAGAUGUAGCAAUAAAUGUUUAAUUUUGUUAAAGAUGAUAAGUGGACAGUUAUAAAGUCAUUCUAAAAUACGAGCAUAAAAAAUAGUAACUAAUUUCAUGAAAAAGACACUUUUAUUUUAAACAGCUUUAAUAGCUCAUCAUAAAAUGGUCUCUAAAUGUAUAAUAUUUUAUAAUGUAGUAAGAAUGAUUGUUAAAGCAUUUAAAGCUAAAAAAUUUUAGAAACGUGCAUUUAAAGAUAGAUUUUGGAGAUUAAUAAAAAGUUAUUUUGGUCAAAGCAAUGGGCCUUAAUUAUUUGCUACUUCUUAAAUAAAAACAAUACAAAUAGAUAAACCACUUAUGUCAAAAAUGAUAGAAUAAUAUAUACAAAAUAGAAAAUAAUAAUGGUGUUAAUAAAAUAAAUAAAAUAAAAACUAUGAUAAAUAAGACAAUAAUAAGCAAGACAAUAAUAUAUAGUAAAUAUAAAUAUUUUAAUUGCCAAAUGACAGAGAAUUACAAAAAUUAAUGAAGGAUUAUUAAAUUUAAAAAAAGUUCAACUGA